GACUGUUUCUUGUUGAUGGACACUUAUUGAUUGACUGUUCUUUGUGUCGGAUUUUGGUGUGAAAUAUAUUGACGUUAUAGUCAGGCUAAUCUCGUGUUCUUGAUCUGAGUUCUGUUGAAGUCCUGUAGAAUAGACACUGGGUGGGAAUCUAGUGUAGAUCUCGUCUAAGAUAAAUUAACGUCCCACAUACGUGUAGGAAGUAAAAGGACUGUUAUAACAAGAACCCCUACUGUUAUAACCAGCAUCCUCUAUUUUACGUUUAUAAAAAUUAGCGACGGCAUACUUACGUUUAUAACAAUUGGCGACGGUGAUUAAAACGGAUCUACGCUUACGUAUUCAGUUAAAGUGAACUUUGUAUCAAGAAAAUGGAUGAUCUGAAAACCUUAUUGCAACAGCAAAAUACUCUUAUCGAAUUAUUAGUCAAAAAUAUGUCGAUAUCCUCAAGAACUGACGUGUCUAAUUCCACUAUGACUCCGGAUUCUAUUGCAAAUUCAAUAACUGAAUUUAGAUUUGAUCCAGAAAGUGGAGUUACUUUUGAGGCGUGGUUCAAACGCCAUGAGGAUUUAUUUAUUAAUGAAUGUAAAGAGUGGAACGAAAGUUCGAAAUUGAGAUUAUUAUUACGAGAGCUCGGAGUGUCCGAACAUGAAAAAUUCUGUAAUUUUAUCCUGCCAAAGAAGCCAUCCGACAUAACGUUCAAAGAAACAGUUGAAUGCCUGACUCGUAUAUUUGGUGAACGGUCAUCAAUAUUUCACACUAGAUACCAGUGUCUUCAACUUGUAAAGUAAGUACAGGACGAUUGCGUAACGUAUGCAAGUAUCGUGAACCGGGAAUGUGAGCGGUUCCGAUUACAGGAAAUGUCCUCAGAUCAAUUCAAGUGCCUUAUUUUUGUAUGUGGAUUACAAUCUCCAGUAGAUGCAGAUAUUAGAACACGAAUUCUAGCGAGAAUCGAACAAGAUCCUAAUAUCAGUCUACAAUCAGUAUCCGAAGAGUGUCAAAGAAUGGUUAAUUUGAAGCAUGACACGAAUCUCGUAGAAAGGAACAGUGAACACGUUGGAAUUAAUGCUUUACGUAAAUCUUUUAAUGGAAAUAAAGAUUGGAACUCCCAUAAAAUCCCGAAUCAAGUGAAACACAAAACGUCUUGCUGGCGAUGUGGUAAGUGUCAUUCUGCCAAUGCUUGUUACUUUAAAAAACGAGUAUGCUUUCAAUGUGGUAAAUCUGGUCAUGCUCAAGUAUGUUGUAAAAGUAAACCAAAGGUUUCUGACCGUGAGCAUAAGUUCCGUAAAGGAAAUAAGAUGCAGACUUCAAAAGAACUACCACAUAACCGUAAGUUAGAGGAAGAUUGCGUGGUUGCUUCUAUAUCAAUUGAACCGGAAAUAAAAAGAGUGUUCUGUGAUGCUAUCAGAAUUCUACCAGUAACGGCGGAAGCGGUUAAAGAAGCCACGACUAGUGAUCCUCUACUUAAAAGAAUAAAAGAAGCUGUUUUAAAGGAUUGGAAAGAGGACAAAGCUGAUCGAGAGUUUCACCAAUUUUUCUUGAGACGUGAGUCUAUAUCGAUUUAUGAUAAUUGUUUGAUGUAUGGUGAACGUGUUGUUAUCCCUAAAUCUCUUCAGCUUUUUGUGCUUAAACAGUUUCACAUUGAUCAUCCGGGAAUAAACAGAAUGAAAGCAGUUAUGCGUAGUUAUGUCUAUUGGCCAUUCAUGGAUAAGGCUGUGGAAGAAUACGUAGUGAGAUGUCGGCGAUGUGCCAAAGAUCCACCGAAGGUAGAAUCCCAGUCAUGGCCAGAAACGAAAAAACCUUGGGUCCGACUACAUGUUGAUUAUGCUGGACCAAUAAGUGGACAAUAUUUUUUGGUGGUGGUUGAUUCAUACUCAAAAUGGCCUGAAAUUUAUGUGGCACGAAGACCAUCUACGUCUGAAACACUGCUACAUCUGAGACAACUAUUUGGUAGGUUUGGUACACCUAAUGUUUUGGUUUCAGAUAACGGGACGCAGUCCACGUCGUUACAGUUUACGGAGUUCUGUAAACACAAUGGAAUCGAACACGUUAGAACUCCACCGUAUCACCCUAAGUCGAACGGGCAGGCAGAAAAAUUUGUUGAUAUUCUUAAACGAGCUCUCUUAAAGAUGGGAGGAGUAGGCAACGUAGAAGAGGCUUUGCAACAAUUUCUCAUUUCUUAUAGAAUUACGCCAAGUCCAAACUGUCAAGAUGGAAAAUCUCCAGCCGAAAUAAUGUUUGGCCGACCGAUUAGAACAUUUUUUAAUGUUUUGAACCCGAAAGACAGAAUCAGUGGACUACAAAAAAAUAAGAAAGGGAAUUGCCCGAAAAUUCGAGAAUUCAAAGCAGGUGACUCAGUCUAUGCACGGGAUUUCCGGCCUGGCAAGCCAAAAUGGAUAUUUGGGUUUAUAGAAAAACGACAUGGUACAGUAUUAUAUGAAGUGAUGGUCGAAAAUAUGCUAAUUAUUAGACAUGUAAAUCAACUGCGAGAUAGAAAAUGUGUUUACGAGUCAUCUAAACUCAAACCAUUACCAAUGGAAGUAUUAUGUGAUACAUUUGAUAUUCCACCACCACCACCACAAGUUGAAAUGAGAAAAAAUGAUCUAGAAUCAGAAGUUAGACGAAGGUCAUUCAGGAAACGGAAACAAACGAAAUUUUUUCAAGUAGACCCCAAAGUGAAAUCAUACGAUCAAACUUCGCGAGGGAGGUGAUGUGUGGGCGAGAAUGAUAAUGAUUGGUUGUCUCGAUGAGUCAGACAUUAGACAGGAUGACAGGUGUUAUGUGUUAUAUAUAUAUUCCCCUAUCCUUAUUAUGUAUUGACUGUUUCUUGUUGAUGGACACUUAUUGAUUGACUGUUCUUUGUGUCGGAUUUUGGUGUGAAAUAUAUUGACGUUAUAGUCAGGCU